UGGCCAUGAGCUAUGUUGCUGCUAUAAACAACCUCAGUGUCCCAAAUUGAAUAACUGCAGAGAACACUUGGGAGCUCUGAACACUCGUGUUCUUUAGUAGUAGGAGAAGCUUAAUGUCGACAGUAUGGGACAUCAGGUGAUAAUAUUUGACUUUUCUCUCAUAAGAGGACUGUGGGAAACUCGAGUUAGAAAGAACAAAGAACGUCAGAGGAAAGAGAAAGAAAGAUUAGAAAAAAGCUCAUUGGAGAAGAUAAAGCAGGAAUGGAAUUUCAUACUAGAGUGUCGGAAGAAAGGCAUUCCUCAAUCAAAAUACCUCAAGAAUGGCUUUGUAGACACAAACGAGAAUAUCUUGGAUACUUAUGGAAAGACUCCUCAGCUCCAGAAGAGGCACCCCUUGUCAGAUAAACCAAAUAAGGAAAAAGACAAGUUUAUUUUUCAGCUUUCUGGAGAGCAGUGGACGGAAUUCCCAGAUUCUCUGAAAGAACAGAUCUAUCUGAAAGAAUGGCACGUGUGCAAUACAUUGAUACAAACCAUUCCAGCCUACAUUGCGUUAUUUCAAGAUCUGAGAGUACUGGAGUUGUCAAAAAAUCAAAUCAACCAUCUCCCAGUGGAAAUUGGCUGCUUAAAAAACCUCAAAGUGCUCAAUGUGAGUUUCAAUAAUUUGAAGUCAGUCCCUCCAGAACUGGGUGAAUGUGAGAAUCUGGAAAAACUGGAUUUGUCUGGAAAUAUGGAAAUAACAGAGCUCCCAUUUGAACUAAGUAACCUGAAACAAGUCACAGUUGUGGAUGUGUCAGCAAACAAGUUCCAUUCUAUUCCAAUUUGUGUACUCCGGAUGUCUAAUUUGCAGUGGUUGGAUAUUAGCAGCAACAACCUGAAAGAUCUCCCAGAAGACAUAGACAGGUUAGAUCAGCUGCAGACUCUUCUCCUACAGAAAAACAAGUUGACUUAUCUUCCACGAGCUCUGGUCAAUAUGCCAAAGCUCAGUUUGCUAGUUGUCAGUGGCGAUGACCUGGUUGAGAUACCCACAGCUGUCUGUGAGUCAACCACAGGUUUAAAAUUCAUAAGUCUCAAGGACAGUCCGGUUGAAACAAUCGUAUGUGAAGACACUGAAGAAAUUAUAGAAAGUAAACGUGAAAGGGAGCAAUUUGAGAAAGAGUUUAUGAAAGCAUACAUUGAAGACCUAAAGGAAAGGGAUUCUGCUCCUUCUUACACAACGAAAGUAUUAUUCAGUCUUCAGCUCUGAAGAUCAAAAAUUGCUACAUCACAACUAAAUAGCAGAAAACUCUAUCUUUACCCACCUCAGUAAAAAACAUUGGAAACCAUAGAAGUCCAGAAGUACUUCAAACUCAUCACAAAUUUUUUUUAUUUGUUACUGUAGUUGCUCCCAGUAACCACAGAUAAAGCAAAGAGCAGUAAAGCCUUCAUAAGAUGACUUUUCACCUUUUAAAUAAAAAUAUUUAUUUUCAGGUCCACAGCAACAGCCACUAAUUUACAUAUAGACCUGCUGAAAGUAAAUAUUCACUGUAAUAAAGUGUACACAGGCAUAGAUGACCUCAGGAUGAAGAUACUGUACAUUGUAGUUGAAAAAGUGGAAUAUAAACCAUCACCUUAAAAAUAGAUUUGAUUUUAUAAGAGGGGAAGGAUUAAUUUAGAAAAUCAAUGUCAACUGUUGUAUACUUAAGACCAAAUAACACGUUUAGUUAUUUAAAUAUUUGAAGUGUGAACAUAUACCUAGUUGUUUGCAUUUACCUUCUGUUCUUCAAGGAAAUUAUCCUUCUGGGGAUUUUCAGUUUAGAUGAGUUUCCACAACUUUCUAUACAGAAACUGUACCAAUUCUGCUGCUUUUUUUCAAGCAUAUUAUAAGCUUUCAACUGUUCACAAAUUCAAAUACCAACGUGACUGAAACUUCUGUGCUAAGCAGUCUUAUAGCAGUGUAUUAAAUAAGAUUUUAUGAACUAAGCAGUGUGAACAAAUACUAUCAACAAAAUGAUGAUAAAGAUAUUCUAGUAAUGGUUUCAGAUUAGAGGAUUAUGUGGACAGUUAUUGGAAUUUUCCAAGUUGUAUGAGAAUGAGUUUGCUGGAUAAAAAGUUAUGUUAUGUUGCUUGCUAUUUAAUGAUCUGUUUAUAUAUAAUUAUGUAAGUGUAUAUACUGUAGAGUGUCAGAAAUCUAGUUUUACAUAUAUUUUUUGUUUAAUAAAUCAAUACUUUUUAAUCUGAAAAUACUUGAGGCUUUGAGAAUUUAGACUCAAAUUAGACUCACAUUAGAGAAUUUAAAUAGUCCUAAAUUUAUGAAUGCGGUUAGAGGAAAUCAUAUUUAUCACUCUUUUUAUUAUAGAUGAGCUAUGUCCGGUUUUAUGCAAUAGAGUGCCAGCUAAGUCAAUCAUAUUUAAACAGAAAAGCAACAAAGGAUGGGCUUUUCAAGACUUACAUAUAAAAAAUACUUGGUUUGAUGUUUUCUCUCCUUUUUAACUUUUUAGCAUUAAUUCUUGUGGAAGAAGAGAAUUUGUAAAUACUAGGUGUGUUAUUUAUACCACUCACAAACUGUGCAGUUAUACUACUGUCCAAAAUGAAACCCUCCUGAGUUAGUCUCUACGUGUUAAUGCUGAUUUUAAGCAAGUCCUGGAACAAAGAAAGUUUCAAAACUCUCCAAGAAAAUUUCUCAUUGAUCUGAAACAGAAUAAUGGAAGAUCUGAAAUGUUUCUUUUAUUAUGAAGAUACCGAAAUAUGACAAAAUAGUGGCAACCAAAAUGGGCUGACAGUUUCAGAUAACCUCAUUUCUAUCAUACCAAACUUUCUUUUAAUGAAAUUAUAAAUUUGUUUGAUUAGCUAUUGAUACUAAUGUAAUAAAGUUCUGUAAGACAUUUGA